AUGUCCUCUCUGCCUGCUACAACCCGCAACACCAAGACCACCCGUUUCUCACUCCUAUCCAAGAUCUCUUCCACCGCCACAACGGCAGCCAAGACCCCAACUCUAAGGAGGGAGUCAGCAAGCCUCUCCUCCCCAGCCGUCAACCCCACCUCGGCCUCGACCUACGUCAACCUAAUCGACAUGCUCAAGUCCGAGUACUACACCUCACAGAUCGCCGACGCCGACUACGGCGCUGUCGAAGAGACCAACCCUGUCCUCGACACGUACCUCGGCAGCUACAACACCGGCAACACCGAGGCCGAGUGGCGAGCCUGCCUCGAAUUCUUCAACGUCAACGUGGCCGAGUACAUGAAGAGGGAGGCGAUUGCGGGUGGUGAUGGCCAACAGAGGAAGAGGGUGCCGAUGAAGAAGCUUCCCGGCACCACGGUCGGCUUGUUCGACUACCAGCUCAUGGGGGUGUGCAACCUGCUGCGGUUCGUCCUGGCCGACGUGUCCGGCGGGCUGUUGUGCGACGAGCAGGGGCUGGGCAAGACGCAGGAGAUGUACGGGCUGAUUGCGUUUGCGGCCGCGCUUCGCAGGUGCAAGGCCGAGGUCAAAGCUGCGUGGCGCAAGGCUGCGAAGUGGAACGACAAGAAGAAGGGCAGCCCGAGCCAGCACAACCGGCCGGGCGCUGUGGCUGCUAGGUCGUGUCCGUUUGAUGAGCGGUAUGGCUUCAAGUGCUAUUGUUGGCAUCAGCCCACUCGUGAGCUGGCGGACCGGCUGCCUGAUGGGCCAAAUGUGUUGGUUGUUCCGGCCAGGAGCUGCGCCUCGAUGGUACGGGAUGCCAAAACCAAGCUGGAUGUGAAGCAGUUCAAGAUCCGGGGUUUCCACGAGGGCGGCGACAAGGAGGAUAAACUCACCUCAGCCGAUGUCUCUGCUCUACGUGCCACCAUCACGGCAACGCAGGGCGAGGCUGGGCCGGUGUACCAGUACCAGGCUGCACCGGACAGCGAGUACCUCAUUGUCGUGUCGCCCGAGUACAUCCCCCGGCUUAACGGCCUGUUUGGCGUUGAGCUCAAGGUUCCGAACGCGGCUGGGAAGGUCAAGAAGAGCGCUCUUGUGCCCGGCAUGAUCUUGAUGGACGAGUUCCACGAGUAUGCCAUCAGCAAGAACGGCGACGAGAGCCGGGUUGCCGCAUGGCUUCAGCAUCUGAAAAAGUGUUGCCUCGACUCGCAGCAGCCGACCCCCUUGAUCUACUUCGUCUCGGGUACUCCGCUUGGCGACACGCCGGCUAACAUCCGUUCGGCCAUCUCGUUGCUAGAGAAGGAUGCCUGGCAAAACGAAGCUCAUCCCCUGAACGGCGCCACCGUUGAGUCCUUGGACGAACUAACCCAGACUUUCGACAGGCUUACUGGCGUCCAGGCCAGCGGGGAGAUGGUCCCGGAGUCCGAGAUUGUGGACUACCGCCGCCGUCUGGACCGCGUUCUCGAGCACACAAUGGUGCGCCGUCUCGGCACCGACCAGUUCCAGGGCCGCAACUUGACCGACCUCGGGCCGCUCAAGGUCAACAUCAUGGACCACCAGCUCCCGUUCUCGCUCAUCGACAGCCUGCAAGCGUUGGCAGACCAGACCCGGGAGCAAGUAGUUGUCGCCGCCACUUCUCGGGGAAUUUCGGUCGCCCGCCUGCUCCGCAGCAAAGACGGCGAGGCUCUCCUCCUCAAGCUCCGCCUAGCGUCCAUCUUCCCCGGCAUCGCCGACCCGUCGUCCGGCGCAGCCUUCACUUUCACCACCACCGAAAUCCACGCCCACCUCGCGGCUGCCAAAGGCGACGUCACCAAAACACCCUACUUCGCGCACAUUCCAGCCUGGUCCGCAUCGAGCCCCAAGCUGGCAACCCUCACCCAAGCCAUCCGCACCAUGCUAGCCGACAAGUCCCCGAUCCCCGGAUCGCCCACCACCUCCAAGAAGUACUGCAUCUUCACCCCGCUCGAGUCCGAAGCGGUGCUCAUCCAAGCCUACCUCCUCCUCAGCCUCAAGCCCGUCCUCCUGACGAGCAACAUGUUGCAGUCAGCGCGGCAGCGCGUGCUAGACCAGUUCCUCACCGAGGGUAACGCGCCGCCGAACGUGCUCGUCGCGCCCAUGGCGCUGGCAGGUACGGGGCUCAACCUGCAGCGGGCAAAGUACAGCACAGUGACGGGCCCCGCGUGGACCAAGAGGGAGAACCAGCAGGCGUACUAUCGGAUCCAUCGCGUCGGGCAGCGGCAGGCGACGCAGUUGCAGCUGCUGACGGCGAGGUGGAAUCCGGCGGAGCGGGUUGUGCUGGCGGGGUAUGAAGGGAAGGAAGUCAAGGGAAAGGAGGGGAUGUGGGAGGUUGGGAAUUGGUUUUGUGAGGGGGAAGGAGAUGAAGGGGAUUGGUGGGGAGGCAUCAGCGGGGAGGUGAGUGAGUAG